AUGGCAGCCGAAGAGAUUUCGGCAGCUUCCCUCAUCGACAAGACCAUGAAGAUGAGGAGAGAGGCUGAAGAGCGGAAGGUGGUCUGGGCCUGGGGGCUCCUUAACAUCUCCGUUGCAGGGAUGAUCUAUACAGACAUGACUGGAAAACUUCUAAGUUCCUACUAUAACAUCCCCUUCUGGCCACUCUGGUAUAUUGAGCUCGUGCUUGCAUCCCUGUUCACCUUGAAUGCCUUAUUUGAUUUUUGGUUGUAUUUCAAAUACACGAUGGCACCAACUACCUUAGUCAUGACUCGAAGGCAGCAGGUCCUUCUAGGGAUGCAGAAUGCAGCGGUGCAAAUAACUCCAGCAAACGAACUGGCAGCCAAGAAGGUCCCUUCUUCGACGCCUUCCCCUGCCAUGCAGGGUCAAAACGUGCUAAGCUACAGCCCGACCCGUCCCCUCCGGGCCAGCCCCAAGUUUGCCUCGGGUUGUAUCGCAGGCUACAGCCCUCAGCUGCAGGCCCUGUCGAGCAGCAACGCUUCUUACAGCAGUGCUUUGAGCUGUUCACCCAGCAGCAGCUACAGCAAGUUCUCCAGCUUCAGCCCUUCUCCUACGGGUUCCCCGUAUCCAGCAAGUGUUGGACCAGUGGAAAGUGGCCUGAGGUCCCGUUACCGCUCCACACCGAUCCGGUAUAAUUCCCGAAUGAGUCCGGACGAUGAAAUCACAGACCUAAAGUCACUACAAAAAUACCUUCGAAGUGAAGAAGAGAAACAGCAUAGACUUCAGCUGGCGAAUUCCGAUUCCAGCUCUCCGUCCAACAGCCCGACGUUCUGGAACUACAGCCGUUCCCUCGUAGAGCAAGCGCAGGUGCUGAGAAAGUUCCAGUAUCAGCUGGCCUGCAGGCCCCUCGCCCCGUCCACCCACAAGGAUGAAGCUCAUCUGAGCUCUCCACAAGCUGCAGAAGAAGUUUGGGCAAGGGUGAUUGUGAAUCGGCGCCAACUUGAUCACAUGGAUUCCUGGACCGCCCGGUUCAGAAGUUGGAUUAACGAGACAAUUUUAGUGCCGCUUGUGCAAGAGAUCGAGUCUGUGAGCACUCAGCUGCGAAGAAUGGGGUACCCAGAAAUGCAGAUUGGAGAAGCCAGCAUCAGCAGCCUGAAACAGGCAGCGCUUGUUAAAGCUGCAGCCAUUCCCACCCUGAACACUAUCGUGCAGUAUUUGGAUUUCACGCCAAACCAAGAGUACUUGGUUGAACGGAUCAAAGAGCUCUCGCAGGGAGGGUGCAUGAGCUCCUUCCGAUGGAACAGAGGAGGAGAUUUCAAAGGCCGUAAAUGGGAUGCUGACUUGCCCACCGACUGCGCUAUCCUUAUGCACAUCUUCUGCACCUACCUUGACUCCAGACUGCCACCUAGCCCCAAGUAUCCCAAUGGCAAAACCUUCACUUCCCAGUACUUCAUCCGGACAACAGAUAAACCAGACAUGACAAAUGAAAACCUGUUUUGCAUCUACCAUAUAUAUACACACACAUAUAUAUAUAUAUAUAUACAGAGAGAGAGAGAUCUAUAGAAGGGCAGAAAUAACAUGUUCCACACCCUGCUCAUGUUUCUGUACAUUAUAAAGACCAAAGAAUCGGGCAUGCUCGGGCGCGUCAAUCUCGGUGUCUCCGGAGUCAACGUGCUCUGGAUCUUCGGUGAGUGA